AUGUUUUGCCGUUUGACGGACCACGCAGCCGCGGUAGCGGUUUUGGCGGCCGUUCUCUGCGUGUCAGCGCUAGCAGCGCCGCCAGCAGCGACCGAAGCCCCAGCCCCCAACAGUGCCGCCCGCACGACUCCACCCUUCGAGCAGUUUUUCGCACAAUCGUUCCAGGUAAGCGUCAUGACGCAGUCGUCUGGCGUCUUCAACGCAACGCUGCGUAUGCGCGCCUCCCUCAACUUCCCGGAGAGGGUGCAGGGCGAGCUGAUCCCAAUCGGCGAGGCGAAGCUCAGCAGCCAGGGGCAGACUCUUCUUCCGCACUUCCAGCGCGUCCGCAGCGUUGAGGACGACAAGCUCUCCGCUCUCUCGUUUUCUAUGGCCGCCGGCCUCGGCCGAACAAACGGCAAAAAAAAGGGCAGCACCGACGAGUUUGCCGUCGCCGGAAAGAAGCAACGUCCGUCGUUGCUCACGAUGGAUCUGCACCUGCGGCACAGCGAUGCGAUGCAGGGAACGGCGAGCGUGUAUUACCUGCCGGCGGAUUUGAUGGCGCUACGUGCGCAGCGCGCGGCCAUAAAAGAGGGUAGUGCGCCGCCGUCUGCGACGGUCGAGUUUGAAUUCCGCUCCGAGGUGGACCAUAUGACCGGCAACCCACUCAGCGACGUGCAAGCCCUUGCGCACGUCUCGAGCGCCAUGGUGACUAUGGGUGACCAAAGGGGGGCUUCGAAGUCUUCAAGCGUAGCUGGUGAGAAAGCCCAUGAUGGGUCGGCGGCUGCGACCAGGCAGGGUGGUAUAAUCUUCCGCUGGAUCACUGAGCAUGAGUUCUCGGCUCACGUGACCAUUCCGAUCGCCGACAAGGCGGGUGCGACGUCGACGCACAUGGAGCAAAUUUGGGUCUACGGCUACGCCACUCCUUCGAAGAGCGUGUUUGAUCGCAAACAGCACGAGGUGCCGUUGCACAACAGGUACAUAAUGUUGGGUGUAGGUCUCCUGGGCUUUUUCGUGCAGGUUGUCUCUGGUAUUACAGAAGGUAAGAAGCGCGCACAGGCGGCAGUCGAAUGGGAGGGGAAAGCGCAGAGGCGGGAGAAGCCCAAGCUGGAGGCGCCGCUUCUCGAGCAGGAGCGCAACAGCAAGAAAAAGAAGUAA